CAGAGCAGUGGCGCCCAUCCUCUCUCUCAGUGCGACUCCUCCGAGGGAUCAGGAGUAGACUAAGUCAAACUUCCAGCAGUUUAAGAUUUGUACGCAACCUUUGAGGGAUCCAAGUCGUCAAGGGUCAAACACGAUGUGGGAGGCGGUCGCAAGUGUGGAGCAGUGGAUGGCAACAUAGGAUCUAAUCUCAGUAGAGUCAAAAGAAGUCUAAUACACUAAUAAAAAAAGGUGUCUGUGGUGAUGUUGCCAUGUGCCAGCUGCCAUCUGCUCUUAUCCUUCUUUAUUCAGGACUGAUGUCCAGAUGGUGUGCCCCUCCAUGUGUGGUCCAAUUCAGUUCUCCCUGACCAUUUCAUGGGCCACAAACCGACCCAAGUAUCCACGGCCACUGCUUGACUCAACCCCACCGCGCACUGUACGCCUCACCCUUAACCCCUCACCCCUAACCUUCACCCUCAGCCUCCCACCUCCCUCUGUCUCACUCUCUGUCAAGCCUCUCCUCACAUUUUGACAAUCCUAGCCCUCCCUGAGCCCAACAUGGUGGCCCGCAUUCCCACUCUAGUCUUGGUCAUGAUGUGUCGGGGUGUCUUGCUCUCUGUCGGAGACCCUCCUCCAUCCCGCCGGGAGAUCCGCAUCGAGGGAGAUCUGGUUCUUGGCGGCCUGUUCCCGGUGCACGAGAAAGGUGCUGGGAUGGAGGAGUGUGGGCGUGUGAACGAGGACAGAGGGAUCCAGAGGCUGGAGGCCAUGCUGUUUGCCAUAGACAGAAUCAAUAUGGACAACACUUUGCUGCCUGGGGUCUCCCUCGGGGUCCACAUUCUGGACACCUGCUCCAGAGAUACCUAUGCACUGGAGCAGGCUCUGGAGUUUGUAAGAGCCUCCCUCACCAAGGUGGACGACACAGAGUUCAUCUGUCCAGACGGAUCUUACGCUCUGCAGGACGACAGCCCGCUCGCAAUUGCUGGAGUCAUAGGUGGAUCCUUCAGCAGUGUCUCCAUACAGGUUGCCAAUCUUCUCAGGCUCUUCCAGAUUCCUCAGAUAAGCUAUGCUUCAACCAGUGCCAAACUCAGUGAUAAGACCCGCUAUGAUUACUUCGCCCGCACGGUGCCGCCUGACUUCUACCAGGCCAAAGCCAUGGCCGAGAUCCUCCGGUUCUUCAACUGGACGUAUGUGUCCACUGUGGCAUCAGAGGGUGAUUACGGUGAAACCGGUAUAGAGGCCUUCGAACAAGAGGCACGCAUGAGGAACAUCUGUAUCGCCACUUCAGAGAAGGUGGGGCGUUCUAAUGCUAAGAAGUCCUAUGAAGCUGUGAUCCGUCAGCUCCUCCAGAAGCCAAAUGCCCGUGUGGCUGUCCUCUUCCUGCGGAGCGAUGAUGCCAGAGAGCUGCUGGCAGCUGCUGCCAGGCUUAACACCUCCUUCAUCUGGGUGGCCAGUGAUGGCUGGGGUGCACAGGAAAGCAUUGUCAAGGGAAAUGAGAUCUCAGCUGAAGGAGCCAUCACACUUGAGCUUGCAGCCAAUCCCCUACCAGAAUUCAAUCGCUACUUCCUCAGCCUGAACCCAGUCAAAAACCAUCGUAAUCCCUGGUACAGGGAAUUCUGGGAGCAGCGGUUCCAGUGCUCCUUGGGUGGUGGAGGAGGGGGAGGUGGUGGAUUGGGAGAGACGCCUCUCCCACCGUGUGACAAGGACUUGUCAAUGGACAAGAAUAACUUUGAACCAGAGUCCAAGAUCAUGUUUGUGGUGAACGCGGUGUACGCCAUGGCUUAUGCCCUCCAUAAUAUGCAGCGGAGCCUGUGCUUCAACACCACCAAGCUGUGCGACAGCAUGAAGGCCUUGGAUGGGCGCAGACUCUACAGGGAUUACAUUCUUAAUGUCAGCUUCACAGCCCCUUUCUCUCCUCCAGGCAGUGAGACAGCAGUGAAGUUUGAUUCCCAGGGGGAUGGCGUGGGCCGAUACAACAUCUUCAGCUACCAGCGUUCUGCCGAUCGUUAUGGUUACGUGCCAGUAGGUGAAUGGGCAGAGAUUCUGAGUCUGAGCAGCGAUCUGAUUCACUGGCCCAGAGAGGUGGUGCCCACCUCGCAGUGCAGCGACCCCUGUGAACGCAAUGAGAUGAAAAAAAUGCAGGCAGGUGAGUACUGCUGCUGGAUCUGUACAGCCUGUGAGCCUCAUGAAUACCUGGCUGAUGAGUUCACCUGCUCACCCUGUGCUCCUGGCCAGUGGCCCACUGAUGACCUAACGUCCUGUUACGACCUUCCUGAGGACUAUAUUAUGUGGGAAGAUGUCUGGGCCAUUGGUCCAAUUUCCAUCGCCUGUGUAGGGUUCAUGUGCACCGGUCUGGUGUUCUGGGUGUUUAUCAGACACAACCACACACCACUGGUGAAAGCUUCAGGCAGAGAGCUAUGUUACAUCCUCCUCUCGGGAGUCUUCAUGUCCUACGCCAUGACUUUCCUGUUCUUGGCCAAACCCUCUCCUGCCAUCUGUGCCCUGCGGCGCCUCGGCCUGGGCACAUCAUUCGCUGUCUGCUACUCCGCCCUCCUUACCAAAACCAACAGAAUCGCCAGGAUUUUCAAUGGUGUGAAAGAUGGAGCGGGUGCAGUGAGGCCACGCUUCAUUAGCCCGUCAUCUCAGGUGUUCAUCUGUCUGAGUUUAAUCUCCGUCCAGUUAGUGAUGGUGUCAGUGUGGCUGCUGCUGGAAGUUCCCGGGACAAGGCGCUUCACGUUGCCAGAGCGACGACAGACUGUCAUCCUCAAGUGUAACGUACGCGACUCCAGCAUGCUGCUGUCACUGGGAUAUGACGUGCUCCUGGUCAUCCUGUGUACUGUGUAUGCCUUCAAGACCAGGAAGUGCCCCGAGAACUUCAACGAGGCCAAGUUUAUUGGAUUCACCAUGUACACCACCUGUAUAAUUUGGCUGGCCUUUCUUCCCAUCUUCUAUGUUACAUCCAGUGACUACAGGGUUCAGACCACUACCAUGUGUAUCUCAGUCAGCCUGAGUGGCUUUGUGGUACUUGGCUGUAUGUUUGCUCCCAAGGUCCAUAUCAUCAUGUUCCAGCCCCAGAAGAAUGUGACCACCCACAGGCUUAACCUCAAUCGCUUCAGUGUCAGUGGGGCUGCCACCACAUACGCAUCUCACGCUUCUGUGAGCGCCCACCACGUCCCCACCGUGUGCAACGGGAGAGAAAUUGUCGACUCCACUACUUCCUCUCUGUGACCACAUCCAGUCCACUCUCUAAAUCUGCCCCUGCGACUGUUAGCCAAUCCAUAAACAUUAUCCCCCUCAACCAUCAUUUCUCAGCUCAUAUGCACAUUGUAUGGACUCACACACACACACACACACACUCAGACACACAUAAACAUAUGUACACAUUCGAACAAAUACACGCACAAACAAGCAAAACAACCUUCCUUGUGGACUAGAACUGUAUUGUUUCACAAAUGUAGAAAGUGUGUAACUAUAAUUAAAUUAUUUUCUAGGGAUGUACAUACAUGGAAUCGACAUUGUUGUAAGUAGAGAAACAAAAGAACAAAAAAAGUUUUUAGGAGGAAUUUUUGGAGCCUUUGUUUUUGAUAGCUUUGUUAUGAUGCGGUGUAAAUAGACAUGCGCUUAAUCAUGGUAGGAGGGUGUGUGUCCCUCAGUCUGGAUGCACAUUUGUGGCUCUGCUUGCCUCACCUGCAAUAUCCCACAGACUUUUUAUUCUUGUGCUUUUUUGUAGGUCUCAUUGUAAUAACCAAUUAUGUAUGCAUUUCUAUUGUGUAUCUGUACAUUUGUAUAUUAUACUACUGAUGGUUCAAACAGCACAAUGUUGACAGUCUUGUAACCCUAGAAUGAAUGUGGACAAAAGCAUAAACUGGAUAGUAUAAGAUGGCUGGAACGGACAUGUACAAAAAUCCAUCAAACUCAUCGAUUUACAGUUACACUGUGCCAGAACACAAUUUUCAGUUUGAGAAUUCAUCUAUUCACAUCUUGAUAGAUUUGCUCUGCAUCCUAGAUCCGUAUAAAGAACCCAUUGUGGCUGUUUUUGCAGGAAAAUAUAUUUUGCUUUUGAUACAAAUGUUCAUUUUUCUAUUUCUAAUCAUGGAAUCCCUUUAUCUAAAUGGCCAUAGUUCCAGACAUGUGUUCUCCAAAGCAGCAGUAUGUUCACUCCCACUCUCAAACUGCUGUUGCGUUAGAGGAUUGCUGUAAUGGAUUGCUAAUAAUAACUAAUAGCAGGGCUGAAAAGAUAUAGUACAUCAAAUGCAUUUCUUCUGCCUCAAAACUGUCAAUACAGACAGUUCUGCGAUAGUUCUGUCAGCAAUAACAAACUGGUGUCUUACCCGGUAAUUAUGAAUUUGUACUCAAACGCAAAUGACUCAAACACACAUGGAGGGAAACUGUCUGCUUUGCUGAGCACAUGUUGAAUUUUUCCAAUUAUAGGGGAGUGGUAGCUUAUGUUUUUGUGCCCCAUAGAUACAGUAUGUGGUGAUGUUUUGAAUAUGGCUAUGUGCCUUAAUGUAUGUUUGAUAGUGCUCCAGGUAGAGGUUGUAAGAGAUCAGUUUUACAUUACCAGCUGCAAAUCCUUGCUUGGUUAAUGUAAAAGUGACCCCAGUAUUGAGUACAUGUUUCAGGGCAACACUAUGCCAGUUAGUUUUAUUCCCUACCAAGCCUUCUGCCAUUGAUUGUUUACCUGAAGUGUUGAAACAGUUAAUCUGAGGAAUCCUUAGGUUGAAACGACUCUCUCUACCCCCCCUUCUUUCUCCAGUCUGUGAUUAAAAAAACAUGAAAUGGAUAUUUCUGAUAGACACCCAGCACACGGAUUUUACUUUACAUGUUUUACUUAGGGGCUCCAAUAAAAGAAGGAAGGGGAAGAGAAGCUCACAUACCAUUAAGAUGAAGUCGUUGAUGCGCCGACUUAUUGAAGUGUGCAGUUUACAUGUCUGUGUUAAAUGUGUUGACGUUGAGAGGCACAGUGGAGCAGCUGGCUUCGGCAGUCCCAGAGAGGCUCACGAGAGGAAGCAGAGCACACAAUGUCAGCUGCUGGCAGAUCUAACAAAAUUGAAUUUUAGAGUAGAACUCAUACAUAACAUACAUAACAUUUAUCAAAACAUCCAUACCCAUCGAACUCUCUGUUUGUGGCUGCAAAUAUGACAGACUCUCUUGUGGGUGACAGUAAUGAGGUGGGGGAAUAAAUGACAAAAACAUGAAAAAAAGUUUUUCUAAGAAAAUCGCCUAAAUUAGUGGACUAAUUUAGCAGUACAGUAUACUUCAUUUUAAAGAGUGGCCUCUCAUGCAAGGAUUUGUUGCAUUUAGGAUGAUAGUAAAUUAUUAAUAAACUGAUAAAUGGUUACAUACUAUAAUGCUGUCUAAAAUAAAAUGUGACUGUUAUACUUGAUAUUUCUAACAAAAUCUGUGAUCAGAAUAAUUUAUUUGCUUCCCCAGACAAGCAUUUUAAAUCUAGUUUCUUCAUGUUAGAAUUCAUAUAGUCGGUACAGACAGAACUGUUGAACAUUCAUCUCUUGACUGGUCCACACCUUUACACAGCCAGUCUCCAACAGCACCCUGUGAUUAUCACACUGAAUGAUAGAUUGAAAGAAUUUCAGAGGAUGCGCCAAGACGAGCCGACCUACAUUGGGGCAUGUGUUAGGUGCAGAGAGCAGGAGGAGAGAGCGAUGUGGCAGAGCAGAGGGGAGCUGCUGCUGGAUUAUGUAAAGCACUCCCACAGCCCAGAAGUCACAGCACUUCUAAGGAAGCUCAAAGCAUCUCAGAGAUUCUCAGUCUUUGUUAGCAGAAGGCUAAGCCAUUCACUCAGUGGUCCUGCUCCCACAAGAUACACCCCGCAUGGCAGGUUGCUAUGGACAACCACCGCCACAUCCGCUGCCGGAAUGUCUAUUUGUCUGCAUGGAGAGGAGGGGUGAGGGAGGGCGAAAGAAGAGGAAUAGAAAGAGGAAAAAACGGGUUGUCGCUGGUGCUGAUUCAAAUUGGCAGUGACUGAUGAGAUUUGGCUCAGCAAGGCCCAGUACUCUACUCCCAGCUUUUAAUGGUCGCACAAAUAGAGCACUUAACCCUGAUUCUCCCCUCAUUUAGUCCAGGGACUAGUCUCGGACAACAGUCUCACACUCUUCUUCUGACCCCCUCUCUCUGAAUCCACCUCACCCAUUCAACCUUUCCCCCAGCCACCAGUGUCCACCUCAUCUCUACUCUGUGUGUGAAACUUGCUGCUGAGUCGGUCUCAGCCAAGACCACCUAAGCCAGACCAACAGAUUGGUAGCCCACACUUAAACUGAAGCACUCAGAUCUGGGUGCCCACUGAAGCACAUGCCAAUGAGGUGGCCUUGAGGAGGUUGGAAAAGGGACAAGGGGAAGGUAGAUAAAGGAGUUGGGAAAUGAAAAUGGGACUCAGAUGUAAAGAAAAUGCAUCACUUUGAAAUACAUCACCUUUCUCACUACACUACACUCAGUGUUUCAUCUCAUGUACCCACUAACUCUCACUGUGGCUUUACUCAUGAAUAUCCCUUUCAAACAGCAUGCCAUCCGCUACGGACAUUGUUCCUUUAUUCAGCCUCUGCCAACUGCCAUGUGCUCUGCAAAGGUCUCUGUGCUGUAGCCCCCACUAUAAAACAGAAUGUGUCCUUGGCCUCUAGGCUUUGAAACAAGACGGGAUCUCUGCGGAGAAAUGAAGCUGAGGUCAAGCUGAACUCUGGAACUGGCCAAUCGCAAAGCAAUAGUUCCAUGUUUAUAAUACGUGCAAUAAAGAGGCUGUGAUGACAUCAUAAUAAAUAACAACAAGCAAACA